AUGGCCCUCAGUGGUCCCUGCCUCCUCGUUGUUAGGCCCCUGGGCACCCCCUUCUCAUUUCUGGCACCACCCACCUAUGAUACUAUGCUACAGAUGGAGUAUCUCGACAUGGUGGUGAAUGAAACACUCAGAUUAUUCCCAGUUGCUAUAAGACUUGAGAGGGUCUGCAAAAAAGAUGUUGAAAUCAAUGGGAUGUUCAUUCCCAAAGGGGUGGUGGUGAUGAUUCCAACCUAUGUUCUUCAUCGUGACCCAAAGCACUGGACAGAGCCUGAGAAGUUCCUCCCUGAAAGGUUCAGUAAAAAGAACAAGGACAACAUAGAUCCUUACAUAUAUACACCCUUUGGAAGUGGACCCAGAAACUGCAUUGGCAUGAGGUUUGCUCUCCUGAACAUGAAACUUGCUCUAACCAGAGUCCUUCAGAACUUCUCCUUCAAACCUUGUAAAGAAACACAGAUCCCCCUGAAAUUACGCUUUGGAGGAAUUCUUCAACCAGAAAAACCCAUUGUUCUAAUGGCUGAGUCAAGGGAUGGGACCGUAAGUGGAGCCUGAUUUCCCUAAGGACUUCUGCUUUGCUCUUCAAGAAAGCUGUGCCCCAGAACCCCAGAGACCUCAAAUUACUUUGUGAAUAGAACCCUGAAAUGAAGAUGGGCUUUGUCCAAUGUACUGCAUAAAAAACUGGGGAUUCUUUACAUGAAUUGAGCUCUCUCACGGUCUAUAUAGAGUGUUAAACUCGGUAAUAUAAAGGAGAUGACUAAAUCAGUGCUGGGUAAGUAGAUUUGGCUUCUCUGCUUCUCAUAGGACUAUCUCCACCACCCCCAGUUAGCACCAUUAACUCCUCCUGAGCUCUGAUAACAGAAAACAUUUCUUAAAAACUACAUCCACAAUCAUUAAUGAAAAUAAGAAUUAUUUUGAUGACUCUAACAGUGACAUUUGUAUCACAUGUUAUAUCUGGAGUAUUCUAUACUAAGUUUUAUAUUA